UAACUGAAGAAGAGCCGGUCAAAACAUCACGUGAUUCAAAUAAACAAGAAUAAAAAAACAUCUAAGGAAGUACAUUCAAACGGUAUAUAAACGAAUUAAAACUAGGUUAGAUAUAAGUUGCAGAAAUAUUUUGUAUAUUGUGAUAUAUGCGAACACAAAUGUAUUUAGCCUUUUCCUGCUUCUGUGCUGUAACGUUAUAUGGCAUGUGACUGAUGGAUGAAUGAACUUGGCUACUAAACUAUAGUAAAGCAUCCGAUAGUAAACAGUCUUAAAACUGUUUUAAAGAAGAUAUCGAUUAACCAUGCGGAGAAGACCACAGCCUGCAACUUUCACAUCGGCAUUUCUGAGCAGGGCUGGAAGUGAGAAAACUACAGCAGCAGCUACACCACGCUCCCAGUUUCACACAGAUCUAUGGCUCUGUUUCACUGUGCAAAACUGGAUCCUGGACUUUGGAAGGCCAAUUGCUAUGAUCAUAAUGCCACUGGAAUGGUUUCCUCUUAAUAAGCCAAGUGUUGGAGAUUAUUUUCACAUGGCAUAUAAUGUCAUUACACCAUUCUUACUACUGAAGCUGAUUGAGCGGAGUCCCACGGCCCUUCCACGCUCUGCUGUGUACCUCAGCAUCAUCACCUUUGUCAUGGGCGCAAGCAUACACCUGGUGGGAGACUCUAUCAACCAUCGUCUCAUCCUCAGCGGAUACCAGCUUCAUCUGUCUGUCAGAGAAAACCCCAUUAUCAAGGAUCUGAAGCCUGCUUCACUGAUCGACUCUUUUGAACUUCUGUAUUACUAUGAUGAACACUUAGGGCAUUCCAUGUGGUAUAUCCCAUUCUUCCUCAUCAUCUUCUUGUAUUUCACUGGCUGCUUUACACAAGUUAAAGAUGAGAAGAUGAGCACCUCAGGUUGGCUGCUGCUUGGCCCUAGUGCUGUGUAUUAUUGGUAUCUGAUUACUGAGGGGCAGAUCUUUGUCCUGUAUGUCUUCACCUUUUUUGCUAUGGUUGCCACUGUGAUGCGACAGAGGCGGAUGGGCUUCGUGCUAGACAGCAACGGUCGUUUCCUCUUUUAUAACUUCAUCAUUACUCUGGGAUUGGUUCUGGUUUGGGUUGCGUAUCUGUGGAAUGAUAAAGUGUUACGCAAAAAGUAUCCCGGUAUCAUCUACGUCCCAGAGCCUUGGUCCUUCUAUACGUUACACAUCAAAGGCAAUUAAAUACUAACAGCCAAUCUCAACUACAUUUCAAACAAAUGGUUCUUUGACCAAAUUUAAUAGCACUGAAAAAUUCAUUAAAAUGUUAAGACCACUGUUACUUUUAAGAAUCUUUACAAGGUAAACAAGACUAUGCUAUGUUUGCCAUUUUAGUGUACUGAAAAAUGAAGAUUUAUCUUCAUUGCGGCUUUGUCAAAUUGUUGUUUUUAUACCCUUGUUUGGUUUUUACUUCCCAAAUAUAUGAGUGUUAUAAGUCAGUGAGCUGCAUGCUACCUACAGUAUACUGACCUACUUGAAAACCAUGGCUGUUAUGUCCUUGUUUUAUCAAAAUAAAGUUUGUACACCCUAAA